CCGUUUAUAUGUUCUUUCUUUCUGUUUAUUUUUAAACAAAAAAUAUAUUGGAAAUGUAUUUACAGUUGCGUUAUUUAGUAAUACAGUCACUCGCGUAACGUGUAGUGAAUUGUGAAUCCCGACGUUCGCGUUGAAGCUUGAACGUCCCACCUCUGACCAAUCACAGUAAAGGGAGCGUCGUCAGAGCAUAGAACGCGGAAAACCAACAAACCACAUCUGCUUGUGCUCGUAAGAUUUUUCCAGUUUUUUAAAGAAGGAGUGAACUCCACUAGGAUCUAAUGUCAGCUUGAAACUCCGUGAUAUGAGUAUGUGACCUUUUAAUUAGCAGUGAGGUGAUAUGAAAUUGUAUUUUGGCGAGAGACUUUUUAUGUGUGGGCGUUUUAUGGGAUAAUGUUUUUAUCAAUAAAUGUGACCCCUAGUGAACCAUCAGAACUUGAGCAAACCAUUGUGUGCAGCAGUUAAGCUUUAACUGACGUAUAAUGUUACACACUCCGCCUGAACUUUGACCUGGCUUGCGCGAACGCAUGUGUGGUGUGAUGUGUUUAAACGCCUCACUCUAGGCUGCACACUCGAGCUUGAUAUUUGGACUGUCAGAAAGAAAAUGGUGAGGUCCCUCUCCACCGUCCUGCCGGUGCUGCUGAUCUUCUCGCUGGCUGCAGCCUUUUGCGAUGGCAGCAAGAUCUUGGUUGUCCCACUUGACGGCAGCCACUGGAUCAACAUGAAUGUGAUUCUCCAGGAGCUGCACGCCCGAGGUCACGAGCUGACGGUGCUGCGCUCAGCCAAGAGCUGGUAUAUUCCCAAAGACUCACCCAUCUACACUUCCAUCGAAGUGAAGACGUUGGAAGAUGAGACGGACCCUAACGUCUACUCUAAAAUGCUCCUGGAUGUUGUUGAAUGCAGAAAGUGGCCACAAUUCUUUAGCGGCUUCUGCCAGCAGAGCUUGAUCACACGGAUACAGAAAAAUGGUCAUGCUAUUCUCGCCAGAGCAGCUGCCAGCCUGUUAGAUGAUCCUGUUUUCAUGAAAAACAUGCAGGACAUGAAGUUUGAUUUGAUGCUAACUGACCCCGCGCUGACCUUGGGGAUCAUAUUGGGCAGCUACCUGAAACUCCCCAUGGUGUGUAACGUCCGCUGGAUGAACACCGGAGAGAGCCACUUCUCCAUUGCACCAUCCCCAUUAUCCUAUGUGCCUGUGCCUGGAACUGAACUUCAUGACCAGAUGGAUUUCGUGGACCGGACCAAGAAUGUCCUGUACUAUAUUUUUAGUGUCUUUGAACACCAAUAUGUCAUUGAACCUGCCUACUUUGAGCUUUUCCGACGUCACUUCCCGCCCGGAACCAGCUUGCUGUCCUUGGAACGCCAGGCUGAUAUCUGGUUGAUGCGGACCGACUUUGUGUUUGAGUUCCCCCGUCCCACCAUGCCCAAUGUCAUUUACAUUGGUGGAUUCCAGAGCAAAGCGGCGAAACCCCUGCCUGAUGAUCUAGAAGCCUUUGUACAGAGCUCCGGGGAACAUGGCGUGGUGAUGAUGUCUCUUGGGACCAUAGUGUCUGCGCUGUCUAAAGAAAUGACCGAAGAAAUCGCUGCAGCAUUUGCUGAGCUGCCUCAGAAGGUGAUCUGGAAGUUUUUAGGCGAGAAACCUUCAACAUUAGGAAACAACACCCUCUUGGUGGACUGGCUGCCUCAGAAGGACCUCCUGGGACACCCAAAGACUCGUGCUUUUGUGGCUCAUGGUGGCACGAAUGGCCUUUACGAGGCCAUCUACCACGGCGUCCCUGUUGUGUGUCUGCCACUUCUCUUUGACCAGUUUGACAACGGACAGCGCCUGAAAGUGCGUGGGGCAGCUCAGGUGGUGGAAGCCAAAUCUCUAACAAAGGACACAUUCCUGGAAGCUCUGAAGGACGUCUUGGAAACUCCGUCUUAUCGCCAGAACAUACAGCGCAUGUCGAAGCUUCACCGUGAUCACGCUGUUCCUCCCUUGGACACCGCCAUCUUCUGGAUUGAAUACGUCAUCAGGAACCAGGGAGCGGCCCAUCUGCGCUCUGAAGCCUUCAACCUCACCUGGUACUCCUACUACUGCCUCGAUGUGGCUGCUCUGUUGGCUGCUGUGAUUGGCGGGAUCUUCUGGGGAUCACUGGCUCUCUGUCGGAUUUGCUGCUGCCGGAAAUCUAAGAAGAAGAAGACCAAAUCAGAGUAGCAAACAAAUAUAUUUCAUUUACAUAUCUAAAAGUAUGUCUUGCUACACACAUUUAACUACAUGGUUUAAUGGAAAUGUAAUUCC